AUGUCGCGUAAUAACCAGACACCGCAGAACCCCAUCUCCUUCAAGACCGUGCCCGGCCGUCAUCGCACCCAGAAAUGGAGCAAAGCGCCCACCUACAGCUACGAGGGUGAUGACUGGGGUGGUUAUGAUCCCUACGAUGAAUAUGGUGGACCAGAUGAGGAGCCUCCGCCACCUGUACCCUCAAUGUCUCCCUACUCCGCUCAGCAAGGCAAGCCCCGAGGUCGACAGAGCUUCGACCGUGGUGAUGAGGCUCGACAGUUCAGCGCGCCCGCGGGCUCCGCGUUUCCGUCCUUCGACCCGGGAGAACGCGAUCAGCGACAGAUGAGCGCGGGUCCAAGCAGUGCUACCAGCGUAGAGAGAGGCAGCACUGAUCUCCCCCGAAGUGGUAGUCGACCGCGAGACUUUACCAACCCCGACGCGGCCCCUCCACCGCUCAUGACAAAAGCUGCUGCACCGCCAGCACAAUGGUUCCCACCGCGAAAGAGCAGUCUGCGUGGCGAUACUCCUGAAUCUCGAGCGCAGGCGGAGGAAGCGCGAGCAAUAGCUGCUGCCUUGGGAGAAGCUCCCCACACAAGUCCUGUGACAAACACGGACAAGCCAUUGCCGUUCAUCAGGCCGAGUGACAUUUAUAAGAGGAUACCGGAUGAGAUCAGAAGGCAGUCUGAGGAAGGCUCCAGACCGUCAACGGACUCUCUGCAGAGAGAGGUUUCGCCCUCACAGCCCGCUUUGACGCCAGUGGAAGAGAGCAGGGAGUCGAGGCUUCUUGCAGGCUAUGAGGUGCCGAAAAUUGACACCGACGUUCGCAAGGCUGCACCAGAGCGGACGUUGAGUCCAAAUUCGAGAAGCCAGUUGCCAUCCAUUGCUGCAGCUCGUUCUCGGGACGCUAGCCCUGCGCCGAGAAGCCAGCCUCCAAGCUUGCAGACUGAUUUCAACAGCGCUCAACGGGGAUCGAGCACGAAUUCAUCUUUGCCCGAGCAGCAGUUCCCUAGUUCGGGUGCCGCAGUCGUGGAGACAAACAGCCAAUCGGACAUGCAAGGUCACGACGCUCAUAGCGUUGCGGCGAGGGUAUUCAAUGCGCCUGUGCUGAACAGUGCAGCCGCAGCUCCAGCGAGCUCAAUCCAGAACACACCUACCACUAGCAGGGCUUCUGCCCAUGAUAGACCCGUAGGUGCUGAUGCCGAGCCGAAUACAAUCGGUCUGCAGCAUCAACCUUCUGCGGGCUUUCGUUCUGCUGUGCACCAAGCAUUUGACCGACCCGACGACCCAAGUUUGUCACGAGAUGGAUCACAGGGAACCAGCAGCGGCGUAAGCAGAAGUGACACGAAUUCUACCGCAGGGAUCAGCCCGAUCAUGAGCCGCGUGCCCUCAGCUGCCACGGCACAGCUUCGACAGCAAAAAUUGGACGGACAAGUGCCACCGAUUGCGGAGGAGUCCACGGUUACACCUACGGGCUCUCGGCCAGGAUCAGGGUUACAGGGCAUGCAGCGCAUUGCCCGAAAGCCCUCUCCUGGCCAUAGUAGAAAUGCUAGUGGUGAGGAGCACCCCGGCCUUGAGUCGGGCUAUAGGAGAAGUCUUGACCCUCCCUCGAACGGAACUUCUCCUGCCAGGACACCUGGCUUGCAGACGACGGCUAACAGACGCCUGAGCACUCCUAUGUCUGCAGUCACAAUGGUGGGACAUGACGAUCCCGACGUUCCCGAGCCUGAGCUGCAGCCUGCUAGCGAGGUCAGUGCAAUUCUUGACCUUGAAGAACCGGUUACGUCGAAGCCAUUGCCCAGCGUCGGCAGAGGCAGGAGUGGAACGGACUACAGCACUCGCGAAGCUGACAUCGCCGACACUGUCAAUUCGUCUCCUGAUAAAGGUGUAGCUUCGCCUAACAUUGCACAGGCGCAAAGAGACAGUCAGAAGCUCUUCCUCGACACACAUGGAACACCGGCUUCGCCUCCGAGCCCUGCAAUCAAGGAAUCUAACCGGUCAGUGACUGGAAUGCCAACUCAUGGCAGUAGAGCAGGAAGUCCAGCCAAGGGUCGCGUACGGGAGAUUGCCGACAAGUUUCACGAAAUACAUCAAAAUUCGCGACGCAACUCUGCUGCGUCUGUGGCGUCCUCUCAAUCCAGCUGGAGUCAAUUUGGGGAUGCACCAAAGGUGAAGCGACAAGGCACAUCACAGUCUCAGUUGGCGACGGAUAGCGGUAUCGCUGACUCGGGAGAGCCAGCUAGGCCCGAAAUUGGGAGAGAGGAGUCAUUCAGGCCCGAUCUGCCUGGCGGUUGGAUAAGUACAGCUCCAACGCCGGGAAUAGAAACUCCUCCCGAACAAAGCGCCUUGAACACACGCAGUCCUCGAAUGGCCACGGAAGAUGGAAAAGUUGACCUCACGCCGACCACUAAGAAAUAUCGACUUUCACAAGGCCACGUCGCUGGCGAGUCUAGGCCUGUUCCAACGGACAAGGCCGGAAACAGUGCCUUCGACGCUGUUAGGCAUGCAGGUGAUCAACUUGCCGCAUCGUUACUGGGAAACGUCGGCAUCGGCCACCAGACACGAGAUUUUGUGUCGACAGAACCUGCGGCGCCUGUUGAUCAGCCAGAAAUGCAGCCGAAGCCUGAGCGCGGUACGCUAGGACCCCACCCGCCACUGUUGCGUCAGGAGACUGACAGCACAGAAGCACCCAGCUCUGUCGCGGCUUCUAUACCACCAUCGCCUCCAGUCCAGGACACGCCGGAACAAGAUGCGCUUGACGUGACCGGUGGUGGGUAUUUUGACACUGUUGCACCAUUGCGAGUGCGCUCUCGCGAGUCGUCCCCCCAACGUGCAGGAUCUCUCACCCAGCGACCAGCCGUUUUGCCAACCUUAUCCACUGACGCAGACGCAGGUGGCUUUGAAAGCGACCGCUUGCGCAGAGAGAUUGCACGCAGCUUGGAUUCUAUCAAACGGGAGGAGCUUGAGCACCAUACUAUGCUCGAAGAUACCGAACGAACGCAAGAUGCACUCGAUGCACCCGGUAACGAACGCCGAGUGGAGCAAGAACGUCCUACUAUACCAGCUGCGGAGGCAGAUCCACCUAGACCGGGGCUCUUGACCACCAGGUUCAGUUGGGAAGAUAAAGGCGAUGGCCAAACGCUACCGAAGGUCGUGGAACCUGUGCCCGAACCGGCUAGCCCAGAGAUCAAACCUGAAGCCGCGUAUGAACGGCCACGCAGUCGCAAUCUCCAUGUCAUGAAUGCGGACGCUUCAGACUCGCCUGUGGAAGAGAGUUCGCCUAUAAUGAGGGAGCCACAUUUCGCAACAAACGCUUUAAUGGGCUCACUUUCAGCUGGCGGGGCCUCUGAUACCGCGAAAGGGGUGUCCCCGAUCACCAAGGGCCAAGAGCAUCUUCUCCCAGAGACCAUCGUCCAACCUGGGAGCCCUUCUGAAUCUCUCAGAGACCUUGCGCCGUCACCUCUCUCAGAACACGCAGAAGAUCUCACUGGCGCAGCCUGGCGGCUCCCGUCCUACUACGCGGGCGAGCAUGACCAGGAACUAUCGCAUGCCCCCGAAAAGGAUCAUACUAAUGCCUCGGCCAUGUCGCAGCCAUCAAUCCCAUCAUUACCAAAGUCAGCUGGACCAAUACCGCCUUUCCGGAAUAUUCUAGCGUUGAAAACGAGCGACGAGAGGAUCAAGACCUACAAUGACACGAGACAAACCUUCGCUGACAUGCAUACUGGGUUGAACGACUGGCUGAGUCAGAUGCUUGCCGCACAUCCCGAACAUGCGGAGGCCCUGUCCUCGGGUGUUUUGAAAGCACCGGCACUGCAGUCACAAACAUCGAAUUUCAAGCGUGGACAUCGACCCAGUCCUAGCCUGGCCAAGCUCACCAAUCGAUUUGCGUCGGGUGAACGUCAGCGAUCGACGUCGGUGGGCACCACAGAAGACGGCCCAGGACCAUCUGCUUCCGCGAGCGCCGGUGGCUCUCGCAUCGACACCGAAAAGAUGCAGCAACGAGGCAAGGACUUCAUGAAGUCUGCUGGCGUUUUCGGUGGAAAGGCGCAAGCGGGCGCCAAGGGGCUAUUCGCGAAGGGCAAGAGUCGAUUCGGCAGUACCAGGGGAAAGACUGGAAACGAGGUAGAGUGA